AUGUGUGCUCUUUUGGCUUCCUUUGGCAGCCUCAAUCUUUGUGCCUGCUCCGUGGUGUGGUACGGUUGCCCGGCCUUUGCUAUGGAACUGGACCUAGCGACUGCUGAGGCCGGCGUUGGGCUGCCGAGUUACAAUGCUCUGCCAACAUCUGCGGUCGCCCCUCUUGGCGGCCCUUCCAUGCCAGUGGCUGCUGUCCCUUCCACCCACCAUGAUGUUGGCACUGAUGCCAGUGCGGAGCCGCAUUCCCUGGUCCUUUUCAGUACAGGCAUGACACAAACGGACCUGACCUUUUCGGCAGACUGGCUGGGCUUUCAGCUCUUCUCUCCGUACUACCAGCCGAUUUGUGGUGCGGUACGGGCUGCUCCGACCCGUGACCUCCAACAGGUCAAGGAGAGCAUUCAACAGGCUGCCCCUCUUGACCCAUAUGGUUUGGCGGAUCGCCUUGUUGCUUUGCAACCUCAGCGGUUCCGGGGUUAUGCGGGCUUCCUCAGAUAUCCUUCUGCUUGGGAUGCAGUUGACAACGGGCAGAUCGCUGUUGUUAUUGACCUCUCACAUGUUGGUGGUCAUUACUUUGCAGCCUGUCUCCCGGCCGUUCUUUCUGAUGAGGAGUUCUUCCUCUAUGUUGCGCCGCAUUGCACUGAGGACACCGAUGAGCUUCAGAUCUUUCUAGGGUUUAGCACCCAACCUGCCGCCCCUAGGACUGACCUGACUCUUUCACCUGGUGUAGUUCUGACAGUGCUUAGACGAGGUGUCCGUCCUUUGCCCUGGCAUGACAUUCUAGACCUCUUCCGGGACGAUGCUGUUUGGGGACGCACGGAGCAUUUGCCCCAGUGUACCCUCACCCCAGGUGUGUGCGUCAUGACCGCCCAACACAGGUUUUUCCUGCACGAAAGGCACCACUACCGCAACAGUCUUGAGACUGCCAUUGCCGAACGACUGCACUGCUCCGAAUCAGACAUCACCGUUUGUCAGCAUGAUGGCCUUUUCAGGUUCGAUCUGCAUGGAGAUCCGUGUCAUUCCUGUGCAGUUGUCCUCGACCUUCCCCGGCCAGACGAUGACCUCCUCCAAGGACGACGGGACGUCUGUACACUUUUAGAUUUUCGGCCACUCGGACACCGACCUCGGCAUUGGCACUCGCACUUCCCUGCUUUGCACAUCCCCAGCAUUUUAGCACACUUCGGGUUGCGGUUGCCCGAUGGUCUCCGGUUUGUAGUUCAUGGGGGCUGUAGGGAAGACGAUGAUGUCUAUGUCCGUUCCAGGGAUGUCUUGGUUUUCGAGGCGCAGCCGAUUGCUGCUUCGCUACCCACUGGGGUACCGCGACCUCCAGCCGACAGCGGUUCGGAUUCGGAUGAUAGUUCAGGAUCAGACGCGGACUCAGGUCAACCCAGUGUCCCCUCACCUACUGCAGCCGCGCCUUCUAACCGCAAGCGCAAGGAGCGUCGGGACCCAGAUGCUAGGCGACCUCCACCCUCCAAUCGCAAGAGUGUCAGUGCCACUCCACAACCCACGGCACCGCAUGACUUUGAUGGCCGCUGGAAGGCACCCGCCACCUCAUUUGCCAAUCUAGGUCUAGAUGCAGAGCCUUGGGAUGUUUGCCUCUUCGCUGUGCACUCAUUUUUGACGCCCCGGCAGGGGGCUCCCUUGCACUGUGCCAAGCUUUUCAUGGGUCAGAGCGGGCCUCCCCAGCAGCCGGGUUUGCAAGCCUGGCCUCAACCGCGCAUGGCCCAUGGUACGGGCGUCUUCCACAGUGGGAGUUCUCCUAGUGACGCGGCAGACACGCGGCCGGACCGCCCUAGACCUCCAGAUCACAGAGACCGGCCACAUCAGCGUGGACCUCCUGACGUACUGCAAGGUGUUGAGGCUUCCGGCCCAGCCCUGCCUCGUAUGCAACAUGUCUUCAUGGUUCUUGUCCCGGACAUGGCUCCAGAGCUUGUUGCUGUGCCUCUUGCCACCCCUGUCACGGUGCAAGAAGUCAUCCCCUUGAUUGUGGCGGACAGGAGCCCGCAAUACCAGGCAGACUUUCCAGAUUUAGUCCCGGUAUACCCGCAACUUGACCCUGCUUAUGGUGUUUUUGUUGCACGGCCCUCCUGGGCACCAUCGGUCCGUGUGGUUUGUGUGGACACAAGGACCAUUGAUGACCGUGCUUUCGCUAUGCCUUUCCCGGAGCAACUCAACCGCGAGUCCCUUUUGCGCCUGAUCCGGCUCAGGGACGUGCCUGGUCUUCAAAUCUUUGUUGCAGGUGCCCCCUUUGGUCGGGGCCAGGCCUUUUUUCGGCACGGGGAUACGGUCCUAGUCCGAUGGGGCGGCAGACACGACCCCCCUAUGCAUAGUCUAGCCAAUAUGUUGAGUAGCUCAGAAGGCUGGCAUCCUGAAGCUGAGGUCUCGCUUGGCCCUCUAGAUGUGCAUGUACUGGUCCUGACAGACGGUGUCCACCACCUCCAGACUGUCGACAGCUACCAACGAGCCACUUUUAAGCAGGACCUCUCCUUGGCUCUGCAGUACUCCGUGCACCGCACCAGCCUCAAGCCCGCAUUCCCGCGGGUUACUGAUUGCAGCUACCGGGGUUUUUACUGCCAUUCUGUUGUUGUGGCCACGGAAGCUAUCUGUCGUCUACCGGUGCCCCCUGCCCGACUUCGCCAGGAACAGCUUGCUAUCUUGCUGGACAAGCGGCCUGUCCUUAGGGGUUUCACAUGGUUCCUCUGUGAGGGGGAGCAUUUUGACCUUCAGGACCUCCAACACACCUUGCAGCAAGAGGCUCCACCUGGGUAUGUCGUCGAUGUCAGGGGAGGCCACAGGUUUUUACACAGAGGGAGGCCCCGUGUCAUUGCGCGCCAAGGUUUGGUCCUCCAGGUCCGCUUUGUACUGCCUGCCGUCCCUCCUGGUGAGGAUGAGGAUGAUGCCGACUCCUCCGCUGACCCCGCCGAUGAGGACUCUGAAGACCAUGGGCCACACCCUGAUGUGGAGGACUCCUCUUCCACGCCGCGCGCGCCGCGCAGUCGUUCUCCUCCCCCCGAUGCUCCCAGGGGACCACCUCCUCCUCAACCAGUCAAUCGAGGCGGUUUCCGCCACAGCUGUGCUACCAUUGUGGUAGGCAAGUGGUUUUCCGGUGUCUGUCAUGAUGCUCUUGCAGAGAGCAACCGGAUUAUCACCUCUGCCCCCCUGGGUUUGGCGCUGCCUUGUUGCGUACCAGCUUUGAUUUUCCUUCUAGUGCUUGGUGGCCUGCUAGCCCAGUGGACGAGUUGGCUAUGGCACCACAGUGCAAGCUUGGAUGUGCUGCAUAUGCCACGGUUUGGACUGCCCGUGCGCACUUCUGUAUUUCUGCUGCUUCUCUUCCUUCAUGCUCGUCCAGUCGGAGGCAUGAUCGAUCCCACAGACCUGGCACAGUCAGCCGCGAUGUCAGUGGCCACCCCUCCCGAGGGUAAGCUAUCCAGGGCCAUCUCGGGUGCCCACCUGGCUUCAGGUCUUGUUCGACCCCUUCCCACACCGUGCAGGACACCUCUUGCAAGCUGGCCCUUGCCGGCGAUGUCCCACCCCGUGGAGUCGCAAGCUGACAUUGACAUAGAGGGCUUGCAAACACUACUCGAGGAAAGUAUCCGCAGGCCGGGCUUUUCCGGUUUUCUUGACUCGGUUGUUAUCCUUGAGGCUGCCUGGGACCAUCUGUUGGAUGCCGGGCCGCCUCUCCUGGCGGAUCCCACCCCUCCCCCGUCGCCGAUGGCCUGCCCACUUACUGCCGAGGUUCGUGCACCAGGUCCGCCACAGCUCAACCGUGCAGUCGGCUGCCCUCUGGCCCUACAGGAUUUCCUCCCACCCACUGCUUUCCAGCUAGAGGCUCAGGAUUUACAGGAGCUACUGCGGCGGCUGCGAUUUCCCAAAGACUUGGAGGCCCUGCAUGCGGAUUGGCUCGACAGCGACUUGACACCUUUGUGGCAGGAUCUCUCUGGCGACAGGCUUUCCAAGGCAUUCGCAGAUGGCAUAAAACCCCAGACCCAGGACAGCCUUACAAGCUUGAGAUUUACACUGACGGGUCAGCCCAAUGGGACCAUACUCAACAGGGCACCAGAGGAUGAAGGAGCAGCUUCCACGAUUAGUGAGUUCGCAUGUCUCUUACGUCAAUGUUUGGUCCGAAUGGCUCACGUUGAACACCACCAUGUGCAUGGGCACUCUGGUUGCCUUCCCAAUGAGUUAGUGGAUCAGUUGUCCAAGCAAGCCCGAAGGACCCACGAGGACCCGUAUGAUCGGAAUUUGCCCGUUUGGCCAUCACGGCUCGCCUCUCAUCGGCUGAGACACUGGGCUUGGCUUGCGGCUGCGCCUGAUCCGCAUCUUCCUGUCCUCGCGGCCCUACAAGCAGAGGUGCACCGGCCCAGGGCCGAAGUGGCUUUCUCCCUUGCGUUUGCCUCGUACAAUGUGCUCACGCUUUUCACUCCGGAUGCUCCCAAGGGCCGUGUCAAGCGUCAUGCUCAACGUGGCAUGCUCGUUGCAGGCAAGCGCGACCUUCUGAAGAAACAGUUCUUGGCCCAGAACCUCUGGGCUAUUGGCUUGCAGGAAACCCGUUUUACUGCGGAUGAGGUGAUGCAGGACCAAGAUUUUCUCAUGCUGUGCACAGCUGCGGACAGUCAAGGCAGCUACGGUUGCGCGCUAUGGCUUAACCUUGGUCUUCCUCUCACCCAGGGCCAGCCUUCCUCCAAAGUCCGCCGAGAUCAGGUUGUUGUUACCAGUUUCUCCCCGCGGCACCUUCUUGCGCAAGUCGAUGCUGACCGGCUCCGCCUUACCAUCUUGGUAGCACAUGCCCCGCGAGGCAAGGCUUCCGACGUUGCGGAGGCGGAAGCCUUCUGGCAAGCACGCCAGACAGAGGUUGCGCGUUCCUCCUGGACCUGGAUUGCUCCAGGAGCCGAUGCGGCCAGGCAUCGACUGGAUUUCGUGGCCCUGCCACAAGCCUGGAGUGGUUUUGCCGUGCAAUCGGUCGUCCUGGACGACCUGGAAGCGUUACAGGCCCGAGACGACCACAGACCAGUUGUCGUCCGAACGCAAUUUUGCCGCCUGGCACCCCCUGCGUCCUACACUGUUAGUCAGCGAAGAGCGUGCCGUCCUAGCAAGGAGUUGGCUCCAGCUGAUAGGUCCACUUUCGUCGCCCAGCUUGGUAGCAGCACCCCUAUUAGCUGGGAGACAGAUGUGGACCAGCAUUACCGGCAGCUUGUCCCCACCCUCAUUGCUGCGGGCCAGCCGCUGUGUCAACCUACCACCCGCCAGCCUCGGCAGCCUUACCUCCAAGAGCGCACGCUCCAGGUCGUCCAACAGCGAGCUUCUCUCCGUACCUACUUGAAAGCGGAAGAAGGUGAACUUCGCCGUAGGCGUCUACUUCUAGGUUUCGCUGCCUUUGUCCACCAUUCGCGGGGUACGGUUUUCACGGAUAGGACUCGAGCUGCUGCGGAUCGAUGGUUCCUUGACAUGGAUGCUAGUAUUGCUCGAGCUUUGGAUUGCUUUACUUGGCUCACCAGUUCCGUCAGAUCCCUGGUCAAGCAAGACCGGGUGGCCUACCUUCAGGGUCUUGCCAGCCGCAUUACCCUGGCCGACGUUCAGAGGCCCAAGGACCUCUAUGCAGCUGUUCGCCGGGCUUUUCCGGGCGCCAGAGCUGCACGACGAGCCAACUUCCAGGCACUUCCAGCUGUCCUUCUUGCUGACGGCACUGCAGCGCUUGAUCCAGCCACCAGGGCACUCCGGUGGGCAGAAUACUUCGGCGAGCAAGAGGCCGGGGAAGCCAUCGAAUUGGCGGCCUAUCCACAGCGCUUUUCUUCAGCCCAGCCCGACCCUAGCCUCGGGGGACCGCAUUUCGAGAUCACCGCCUUGCCGACCCUGCAGUCUGUUGAACAGCAGAUUCUGGCGCUUCCAGCACGAAAAGCCGUUGGCCCGGACGGCAUCGCCGCUGAACUCCUUCAUGUGUCGGUGGUACAUUCAGCGGCUGCACUCUACCCGGUCUACUUGAAGACCGCUCUUGGGCUUCGUGAGCCGGUUGCGUGGCGCGGUGGCAAUUUGAUUUGCCUCGCCAAGAGAGCGAGUUCCCUCAUGUCAUGCUCAGCCUUCCGUUCAAUCCUUCUUGAGAGUGUACCGGGAAAGCUAUGGCACCGCAUUCUGCGUUCUCAGCUUACAGCCCCGUUUGCAGGGGUGUGCCUGGACCUCCAAGCAGGGCAGUUACCUGGGAUAGGCACAGACAGUGUUGCGCUGGCGGUUCGGAGCUACCAACAACUUACCAAGCGCCGUGGACGCCGGUGCGGCCUGGUGUUUUAUGACGUCAGAGCGGCGUUCUACAUGCUUUUGAGGCAGACCUUGGUUCCCACAACGGAACAGGAUGCCACUCUCCUGGGUUUGCUCGACCGCCUUGGUGUGCCAAGUGCUGCUGUACCGGAGUUGGUGUCCAAGCUACAGGCUGCCUCGUACAUCGCAGAGGCCGGUGUUUCGGCUCACACCACUGCCCUUAUCAGCGAUCUGCUCCGGGGGACAUGGUUCAGAAUGGACGGGGCGGCUGCUCUGAUGCUUACACAUCGGGGCAGCCGCCCCGGUGACCCGCUUGCCGAUAUCCUUUUUGCCUUCAGCUUCUCCGCUUACCUGCGGGCCGCAGAGCAAGCCUUGGCAUCGAAAGGACUGAGCCCUCCUGUCCCUUGUGCCAGGGACACGCCCUUUUGGCAGGACUGGGAGCCGCCACAGCACAUCCAGUUUGGUGCUUGGGCUGAUGACUUUGUCAAUCUUCGAGAUGCCCCCACCGGUCCCUGCCUGUGUGCUGAUAUUCGGGCCUCGACAGGGCUCAUCACUGCCCAUGCUUCUGCCGUUGGGAUGACCCUCACUUUUGCAGUUGAUAAAACCGCGGCCCUGAUCUCCUCUGAUUGCGGGAGAGGGGAGGACCUUGGGCUUCGCAGUGAUGACAAGGGUCAGCUCGGCCUGGACAUACACGAUCCAGUUAUGCAGGCCUGGCAUUUCCUUCCCGUGGUAGAUUCCUACAAGCACCUUGGGGGCAUUGUCACAGCCAACGGGACCGCCGGCACCGAUGCUCAAGGAGCCCUUCGCCCUUUGUACCGACGCCUCUUUUCUGCACCGGAUAUCCCCCAGAAGGUCCGGAAGCUCCUGUUACGGGCACUGGUUAUCUCCCGUUUUGUUUUCACUGCCGCCUCACAGAUCUUUGGCGCUGAGAUCUACAAACGGCAGUGGUGUCGAAUGUACGUGGUGCUCUGGCGAGGGCUCCUCCGCUGGAGCUCAGCAGAAGCCACCCCGCACAGCUACGAGGUGCUCAGGUUUGCUGCCGCCACCAACCCAUUGCUGGCCCUUGCACAUAUGCGGGCGGUCUUCCUCCGAAGGAUCACCCGGCAUGGACCAGCUACGCUCAUUCACCUUCUCAAAGCACACUGGGCCGUGGACCCAGUCAGGUCCUGGCUCGGGCACCUGCGCGACGACCUACGUGCAGUUGCUGUGUAUGUUGCUCCUGUCCAGGCUCUGUUGAGUACUCCUUGCCCAGUUACUGCCAUCCUGGAGUCCGUUGUGACAGAUGAGCAUUGGUGGCCACGGCAGAUCAAGUUAGCAUCGAGUCGUUUUGCGGAUAGGCUGGAAGUGUGGGCCGGCCAGCGAGGCUGCACCAUACCUUCCGGCAUUGCCCCGGCUCCAGAGCCGACAGAAGAAGACAGCCCAUUCGCCUGCCAAUGGUGUCCAGCACGUUUCCGCCUCAGGAAGCACCUAGCGGCGCAUGCAGCCAAAAGCCAUGGUAUUCUUUGUCCUGCCAGGCACUUUACUCCGACCAGCACUUGCCAGGCGUGUCUGCGGAUGUAUCACAGUGUUGAGCGGGCUUGUUACCAUACCAAGCGCUCUCGCGAGUGCCUCCUCCGCCUCGCACACCUCAUGCCUCCCAUGACCUUGGCUCAGAUCCGGCUUGCAGAUGCUGAAGAGGUGCAGAGGCGAAAAAAGCUCAAGAAAGGUCAAUGGCAGGCUUUUGAAGCCACCGCUCCGGCACAGCCCACUUUUGGGCCACGCCGUCCGACCAGAGCUGAGAUGCUCCUUGGACUUGAUGAGGAGGACGUCACGCUCGAUCUUCUUGCGCGGACCUUCCGCCCCAAGCCCUCGGUACUCGCCUGGCUUAAUGAGUACUUCGACGAGGCCUCUCGGGAGGGCCCUCGCACCUCGACGGCGGGGUACUGGCUUCAACCGCCUUCUGGGGCACCGUCCGCUUCUGUCUCAACCGUUUCACCCUUUUGUGAGUAG